AUGGUGGGCGGAUCAAACCGGCGGAGAGAGAUGGAGAAGAAGGCAAUAGAGAAGGUUUCCGAUCAGGAGGAAGCUUCAACUAAAAGCAGCAAUAUUAUGAACAUGUACCCAUUUGUAACUCCAGUCAGGGGAACCAUCAAGCGUCGGAUCUUUGCAUGCUUCCUCCGUAAUCUCAAACUUGCUUGCAGACGUGUCUUUCAUUCAUCUAGGGACGACCUUAAUUCAAUGUAUUCGUUGAAUUAG